GGGGGAAGGAGAGAAGUGUCCGAGCCGCGACUCGUCGGCCAUGGCGAAGCCGGCGGCGGCGGCGGCGACGAGGAAGCCCUCGGCGGCGCCCACCCUCGCGCUGACACUGGCCCUGGCGCUCGCCUCCGCGGGCCUCCUCUUCCUCCUGCUCCGCCUCUCGCCGUCCUCCCCGUCCCCCACCCCGCACCCGCACCGCCGCCUCCGCCUCCGUGACCGCGCACACGCGCACGAGCACCACCAGAUCCCGUUCGACCCCGUCGUCGCGGACCUCGAGCGCCGCCUCGAGGACCGCGAGUGGGAGCGCCUCGCCGCCGCGGGGCUGCACGCGCCGGGCAUGGAGGCGGCGCCCGUCCCGGAGGACCUCUCCGACGGCGAGGACUACAUCAACGACGCCGCGCGGUUCAACGUCACGAGCCGCGUGGAGGAGCUGUUCCCGAGGAUCGACGUGGGCCCCGCUGACGGCGCCGUCACGGGCGACGAGCUGGCCGCGUGGAACCUCGCGAACGCGCGGCGGGAGGUGCUGCACCGCACCGCGAGGGAGCUCGAGCUGCACGACCGGGACCACGACGGCCGCCUCGCCUUCGGCGAGUACGAGCGGCCCAGCUGGGCCUGGCGUUUCGACGAUCAUAACUCAACCAAUGAUGUGGUCGGAUGGUGGAAGGAGGAGCAUUUCAGUGCCGCAGAUAUGGAUGAUGACGGCUUCCUAAAUCUGACUGAGUUUAAUGACUUUUUACAUCCAGCUGAUACUGCCAACCCAAAGCUAAUACAUUGGUUGUGCAAAGAAGAAGUCAGGGAAAGAGAUAAAGACAAUGAUGGAAAGCUCAAUUUUCAAGAGUUCUUCAGUGGAUUAUUUUACUCGAUUCGACAUUAUGAUGAUGAAGGCAUAACAGAUGACACCGGUGGCUCUGAUGCACCAGCUAAGAAGUCUUUUUCACACCUUGAUCUGGAUAAUGAUGGGCUGUUAACAGCCGAUGAACUAAAGCCUAUAAUUGAUAAUCUCCACCCUUCAGAACACUUCUAUGCCAAGCAACAAGCUGACUACGUAAUAUCGCAGGCUGACACAAACAAAGACGGACAGUUGAGCAUGAAAGAGAUGAUUGAGAACCCCUAUGUCUUCUACAAUGCUUUAUUCACAGAAAAUGAUUAUGGGUUUCAUGACGAGCUCCGUUAGUUCCUUAGGCAACAGCACGAAGCUUUGUGGAAUCACCACCUUCGGAAGUCAGGCUUUGGUAUGUACUGCUGCGAAUAGAUCAUUUCCGUGGUCUAUCUGAUUUCGUCUGCAGGCUACAAGCACAUUUGGUGGUGAUUCCAUGUACAAUACAAGCAUGUUUUUCACGCACCUGUUACUACAAGCUGUGUGUUCUUUUGUAGCCUUUAUAAUCUUUUCUAGUUUGUUUUUAAUCAUAUGUUCUGUGCAGAUGUGAGUUAGCUUUCGUUCUUUCAUUUUUUGAUACAAAAGUAGCUUAUUGUAAACCAAACUAAACCAGGAAAGUGUUACUAAAGGCUCGCAUAUCUCACAGAAAUUGGUCAAAUUCAUGUC